AUGGCUGAUUCCCCAUGCUUCCCUUGCUCUGUCCUCUCCAACAUCAGGACCAAUGUCUUCUUCAAGAUCUCCGUGCUUGCCAUCUUGUGCUCUUGCCCUGCCCUACUUGCAGGGAUCCCUGCCGGCGAUGCGGCUGUGCAGGUGUCUGCGACCAUUGGAGGGAGAAAAGGGGUAACGUGGAAUAUGCAGGCAAGGCAUUUCUCAUUGAAGCACUUGGAACAUUUUCAUGCUCAUAGACCGGCCUAUUCUCUGGGACUGAGAGGAGGGAACCUUGAAAGCCAUGAAGGCUCGAGGGACAUCAAGAUCGGAAGCUUCUCCCUAGAAGUGUACGGCAAGGUUUUGAUUCAAGACACCACCAUAGAAUUGAACUACGGAAGGAGAUAUGGUUUGCUGGGAGCCAAUGGUGUGGGGAAGACUUCUUUCCUCAAGGCCCUGGCUGCCCGGCUGGUUCCGAUCCCCGAGUUUCACGACAUCUUCAUCCUGUCAGAGGAGGCGAAAUCUACCAACAUGUCGGCACUGGAGUACGUCGUGGCGGCUGCUGAGCAUGAGGUGAACCGCCUUGAGAAGAAGGUCGAGGUCAUCAUCGAGCAGCAUGGCCCAGAUGCAGAUGAACUGCAGCACAUCUACGACCGCAUCGACUCGAUCGGGCCUGCCACCCUCAAAGUCAGAGCUGGGAAACUGCUGGCGGGCCUUGGAUUUGAUGCCGAACGCAUGGCAAAACAGACCAAGGACAUGUCGGGCGGGUGGAGGAUGCGAGUUGCGCUUGCUGAAGCUCUGUUUGUGCGGCCAUCGAUCCUCCUGCUCGAUGAGCCGACAAACCAUCUUGACUUGGGAUCUGUUGUGUGGCUGGAAGACUAUCUGUCCCGUUAUGAUUCCAUCUUGGUCGUCACUAGUCAUUCUCAGGAUUUCUUGAACGGAGUGUGCACCAAUAUCAUGGAGCUGCGCCAGAUGAAACUCACGUAUUGGACUGGAAACUACGAUCAGUUUGUGAAAACAAAGACUGAGCAAGAGGCAAAUCAGAUGAAGCUCUACUAUAAACAGCAGGAUGAAAUCAAACACAUGAAAGAGUUCAUUGCGUCUUGCGGCACCUACGCGAAUCUUGUAAGGCAGGCCAAGUCACGUCAGAAGGUCUUGGACAAGAUGGAGGAGGAUGGUUUGAUUCAGCCUGUGGUGACGGACAAGAAGAUCAAGAUCGAAUUCCCACAGUGUGACAAGCUCGUCCCUCCCGUCAUCGCCUUCACCGACGUUGCCUUCUCCUACUCUGGCAAGCCCGAAGACUACCUGUAUGAGAAUCUCAACAUCGGUAUCGAUUCGGACUCUCGAGUUGCCCUUGUUGGUCCCAACGGCGCGGGGAAGUCAACCCUUUUGAAAUUGAUGUGCGGGAGGCUCCAUCCCUCCAAGGGAUCCAUAACAAUCAAACAUGGCACCCGCCUUGGAGUCUUCGACCAGCACAUGGCAGAGAAGUUGGAUCUCGACCUCUCUCCUAUAGAAUACAUGCAGAAACGUUUCCCUGGAAAGUUCAAAGACCUGCAGGACUGGAGGACAGCAGUCGGUCGCUUUGGGGUGACGGGAAAGCAGCAGAUGGAGCCUAUCAGAAAGAUGUCAGAUGGUCAGAAGCGCCGCGUCGUCUGGGCGGAGCUCUGGCUGAUGUCACCCAACAUGCUCCUCCUUGACGAGCCCACGAACCACUUGGACAUGGAGUCCAUCGAUGCACUCGCAGAGGGAAUCAAGCAGUUCCAAGGAGGCCUGCUCCUGAUUAGUCAUGACUUCCGUCUGAUCGAUCAGGUGGCGCAGGAAGUUUGGGUAUGCGAGAAAGGUGUCACAAAGUGGACCAAGGGGAUCCGCGAGUAUAAGGAGUUGCUGAAGGAGCAGAUGCUUGAAGCGCAGAAGGGGAGCUGA